AUGUUCAACGGGCAGGUGGGCCAGAUACAGAGGGGCGAGGUGGACGUCGCCGUCGGCGGCGUCGCCCUGCGGGCCGAGCGCAGCGACGCCAUCGACUACACCACGCCCACUGGCCUCUUCCAGCCGGCGUUCAUGUUCCGGGAGCCGUCGCUGGCGGCGGUGAGCAACGUGUACACGCGGCCCUUCUCGCGCGGCGUCUGGCUCAGCUACUCGCUGGCGGCGCUGCUGCUCGCUCUCCUGGUGGUCACCUCGCAGCGGCUGCUGGCCAGGGCGCAGGGCGUGCUCUCUGCCACUGCUGACCCCGCCGUCGCGCCGCCCUGGGCCGACGUACCGCUCGUCGCCUUCAGCAUCGUCUGCGAGGAAGGCAUGCAGGACCCGCCGCAGAACGCCUCUUCGCGCAUCCUGCUCAUGUUCCUGCUCGUGCUGGCCGUCUUCCACAUGACGGCCUACUCGGCGUGCAUCGUGACGCUCCUGCAGCUGCCCAGCAGCAGCAUCAACACCCUGGAGUCGCUCUUCAGUUCCAAGAUGCGCAUCGUCAUCCAUGACCUGCCCUACAACAUCAACUACGGAAAUACUGUACAGCAAAUGCGUUGUGGAUGUCUGCAGGAGACGAAGGAUCCGCUGAUCAAGUCCUUCUUCCGGGAGCGCGUGUACUCGCAGCCGCGCAAAGCGUUCCGCCCGCUGGAGGACUGCGUGGCGCAGAUGCGCGAGGGCGGCGUGGCGUGCCACGCGGACGAGGCGGCCUACAAGGUGAUCGGCGACACCUUCCUCGAGUCGGAGAAGUGCAGCCUCAAGGCGGUGCCCAUGUUCCCGCUCAGGGGCAUCAUCAUGGCCGUCAGGAAGCAGUCGCAGUACAAGGAGACCUUCUCCAGGACGCUGACGUGGCUGCGGGAGACAGGUCUGCUGAAGCGCGAGUGGACGCGCUGGGUGGCGCAGAAACCGCGCUGCCUGAACCGCGACAGCGGCUACGCCGAGGUGGGCCUCACUGAGGUGUCGCCCGCGUUGCUCAUGGUGUGCUACGGCGUCGCCGCAUCCCUGGCGGCGCUGCUAUUCGAGGUGCUGCUGCACAGGCUGGUUGCCGCCAGGCAGGGGCACCACAAGAGGCAGCAGAAGCCCGGCACCGACAACACACUGGUGCCCAGGGCAUUCCUGCGCUGA